AUGGGUAUUGAGAUUGAGCAACAAAAACAACCUUGUGUGGAGCUAUCAAAGGUUGCCGUGUCUGAUACCCAUGGCGAGAACUCGCCGUAUUUUGCAGGGUGGAAAGCAUAUGACGAAGACCCUUUUCAUGAAAAGCAUAACCCUUUGGGAGUCAUACAAAUGGGUUUGGCAGAGAAUCAAGUUUCGUUUGAUUUGUUGGAAGAGUACUUGGAGAAGCACCCGGAAACCAGAACAAGCAGUUCCGGGUUUAGGGAAAACGCGUUGUUUCAAGACUAUCAUGGUCUUAUCUCUUUCAGAAAGGCAAUGGCUUCCUUCAUGGAACAGAUUCGAGGUGGGAGAGCAAGAUUUGAUCCUCAAAGAGUUGUCAUUACCGCCGGCGCCACCGCCGCUAACGAGCUCUUAACCUUCAUUCUAGCUGAUCCCGGCGAUGCUUUGCUCGUUCCAACCCCAUACUAUCCAGGAUUUGAUAGAGAUUUGAGGUGGAGAACGGGGGUGAAGAUUGUGCCGGUCCAUUGUGACAGUUCAACCAAUUUUCAGGUGACUCGGACGGCAUUAGAGACAGCAUACAAUGAAGCUGAAUCCAAGGGGAUAAAGGUCAGAGGGAUACUAAUAACAAACCCAUCAAACCCAUUGGGUGCAACCAUUCAAAGAUCAAUCCUGGAAGACAUCCUGGAUUUCGCGACGAAGAAGAACAUCCAUUUAGUAUCCGACGAAAUCUACUCCGGCUCCGCAUUCUCCUCCUCCGAAUUCGUCAGCAUUGCAGAGAUUCUGGAAUCCAGAGACCACAAAGAUUCCGAAAGAUGCCACAUUGUCUACAGCCUGUCCAAGGAUCUAGGCCUCCCGGGAUUCCGUGUCGGGACGAUAUACUCCUACAACGACAAGGUGGUGACGACCGCCAGACGAAUGUCGAGCUUCACCUUAAUCUCCUCGCACACGCAGCAGCUCUUGGCUUCCAUGCUUUCCGACAGGGACUUCACCCAACACUACAUAAACACCAACCGCCAGAGGCUGAGGCGGCGCUACGACAUGAUAGUGGAGGGGCUAAAAGCCGCCGGAAUCGAUUGCCUGAAAGGGAACGCCGGUCUGUUUUGCUGGAUGAAUUUGAGCCCAUUCUUGAAGGAACCCACGCGGGAAUGCGAACUUGAAAUCUGGGAAAAAUUCUUGCGUGAAGUGAAGCUGAAUAUAUCACCGGGAUCUUCUUGCCAUUGCUCGGAGCCAGGGUGGUUCAGAGUUUGCUUUGCUAACAUGACUGAACAAACACUCCAAGUUGCACUCGACAGAAUCCGCCGUUUCAUGAACAACAGAACCAAGAUUAAUAAUGGGGCCAUUUAAUACCUUAAAUUCUUGAUUUUUUUAGUCACAUUUUUUACUCAAACCGCAACACUUUGACCAGUGUUUACGG